AUGACCACAACAUCCGUUCCCACGCAGUUCUCCAUUGGUAUGGAAAAUUCCCCAGUCCAGAGAAUUAGACGAGCUCAAGAAGUAUUAAAUUCUAUGGUACCAGACUGUGAUGAAGUGAAGCGUGGAGAAACUAGACAGGACAAAUUGAAGGAGUUAAUUAGGACCCAGCAAUGGCCACACUUAGCUAGGGACAUGCGGACACAGUUGCAACAGGUGGUAAUGAAUCAUGAUGCGUUGUUUGUAUUAGGUCCAAAUGAAAUAGGAACAAUUAAGGGUUUGCCAGCUAACAUCCCAUUGGUCAAUGAACAACCCGUAAGAGGACCUCAAUAUAGGUAUCCCGAGAAAGCCAAGGAGAAAGGCAUUGAGCCGGACCCAGAGACUGUAAAAGCAGUAACCGACUGUAAACCACCCACUAAUGUCAAACAAGUCCGACAAUUUUUAGGGAUGUGGGGGUUUUAUCGUAAGCAUGUUUCAAAUUUUGCUAAGAUUGCAUAG